UCCUAUCAUGCAGAAAACUACGUGUUGUUUGUAGGCCUGCUGUACGCUAGAACAAUAAAAUCAAGCACAGUCGAUGUGCCUUGCCUAUUGAAGGUUUCAUCCCUUUGGGUGAGAACAGCAACAUUGGUCAAAAUGGAAAGAUGGGCGAUGAGUAAGGGGGACAGGAAGCUCGUCAGUGCCGUCUACGGAGGGCAGCCAAAGGUCGUUAGGUCGGCAAUUCUAGUCGGUGCUAAUGUUAACUUGAAAGGCACUGAAGGGCAGUCAUUGUUACACAUUGCUGUCGAAAAAGGAUUUACCAGCGUUGUAAAGGAACUGAUACGGGGGUCGGCAGAUGUAGACAUUCGUGGCCGUGACAAUUUCACUCCUCUGCAGUUGGCGGCAAAGAACGGUUUCUGUGAUAUUGCUAACGAACUGGUUAAAGCCGGGGCCGAUUUGAAUUUCAACUACAACUACAACGGAAUGACCUCCUUACAUUUAGCGCUAGGAGAAAAUCACACUGAUAUUGCCAAGAUUCUGAUAGAGGGUGGGGCUGAUGUGAAUGUGAAGUACUAUCGUGGAACGCCUAAGGAUUUCUAUAUUGAUCAUACUCCGUAUGGUUUCUCUGUUAAUGAGAGUCUUGUGGUCAAAGAGGAAGAACUUGACCAAGCACCCAUACAUUUGGCACUUGAGAUAGGGCAUACCGAUGUUGCCAGGUUGAUGAUAGAGAAAGGGCUUGAUGUCGACAGCACAGACAAAGAUGGUAAGGCAGCCCUGCACAUAGCGGCUGAGAAUGGUCACACUGGUAUUGCAGCCGAUUUGGUCAAGGCUGGUGCCAACGUCAAUAUCAAAGGAGAUCUUUCAGAAUGCACGCCUUUGCAAUCAGCGCUUUCAAAUGGUCACCUUGGCGUGGCCAAGGUUCUGUUAGAAGCAGGUGCAGAUGUCAAUGCGACAGAUCGUAGUUCGCAGACCCCUUUUCAUCUUGCGGCUAUUCAUGGUUACUCCGACAUAACAAAGUCAAUGUUGGAGGGGGAGGGGAAGGGAGAGAACGCUGAUAAUGCCGAAUGUCUUGCUAAGCCUCUUCCCCAAUCCGUGAGAAAGGCAAAUGUGAAUAGCAGUUGCGGAUCUACAACGAUAUUGCAUAUGUGUGCGUAUGGAGGUAACGUUGACACUGUGAAGUUGGUGAUGAAACGUUUACAGGAUGAAGAUGGAAAAGUUGAUCCAGAUGUCCGGGAUAAUGAACAGAACACGCCUUUGCACCUGGCGGCACGGAAAGGACACUCGCUAGCGGUUGCAGAAUUUAUUGGACACGGAGCCAGUGUUGACCUCAAAAAUCGCCAAGGACUGAGUCCAAUUCAUCUCGCAGCCUUGUAUGGGCAUCCAGGAUCUGUCCGCGAACUCCUCAAGGCGGAAUCAGUAGAUUGCCAUGAUGUAGAAGAUGUUUCGGUCUUGCACAACAUUUUAAUGGAAACGGACACCGAAAUACUGAAACUUCUGAUACCUGAUAAAAUGAGCUGCAACGCACGUGGUCACAACGAAACGACCAUCCUCCACACUGCCGCGGAUCUAGGAUGCCGUGAACACGUCAAAUAUUUGUUGUCCUGUCCAGAUAUCGAUGUAAAUCUCAAGGACAAACUAGGAAAAUCCCCGAUUCAUUAUGCCACCCAGAUAGGAAAUCAGGAGACGGUCGUCGACCUACUGAAUGCUGGUUGUGAUAUGAAAGUGUUGGACAUCUUAGGACAAUCAGUAAUGCAUAUCGCUGCCGUUUACGGACACUCCGGAUUGAUAGAAAUGUUCCUUGACAUGGACAUUGACCCAUACCAGACUGAUGUUUCUAGAAGGAACUGUCUACAUUAUGCUGUGAUGCACAGAAAUGAUGAUGUUGUCCGAACACUGCUUGCGAAAAGUGUCAAGGCCGGUCCAAAUUACAAUACAAAGGAUUGCAAUGAUAAAAUACCGUUCGAUUACUUGCACGAAUGCGAAAUGAACAGUUUGACCUACAAAUUACUACAGGGCACUUCGCCUAUGAUCAGUGUAAUUCAAAUGAGGGAGGGAGACAUGCCAUGCGACAUUGAUAUAUCCGCAGCUCCUAACCUCGCCGAUUUAUCAAAGCAGCCAUACCUAGGUUCAGUUAACAGAAUUGUAGAUUUCGAUAUGACAGAAUUUGUUAGUUAUGCUAAGACCGUGGUAGGACAAGUCAUCAGGCGUGCAAUAUCUGGUGGUACCGAGGUGGAAGUCAUUGGUUGUGGCAGUUCAUUUGAGGGCUCCAAGAUUGGUAUGCCCGAUGAAAUGGACUUUCUUGUCAAGUUAUGGUUGGCUUGUCCAUAUACACGCCAUGAAAUGGACAGUGACGAAAAAGAUCAAUCUUGCCAAGAGGGAUACAUCAUGAUGAAAGACCCGAAUCUAGCAGGACUAGAAACUUAUUUGACAAAGCUCAACAUAAUCGGUUCUCAUGGGCUUUGGAUGUAUGGAAAGCUAGAUUCCUUCUGGAAAAAUAAUCAAACCAAUGGUGAGGUUAAAUUUUUAGAUGAUGGUCGUGAAUUCACCAUAGCAUUACCUCCACAAAGACACCCUGACCGAAAGACUUGCACCACUUGGAUCUGGUUGUACAGUGACGGGGUGUUCAAAGAUUUUCCCCUUUCCAUCGACUUUGUUCCCGCGAUUGAAGUCUACGUCGGACAGACGAGCCAUGCAAAGGAGACAAGGUCCACACUGAUGAUGACAGAGAAGGAAAUACGAGAACGGAAAUAUUACAUGGUUCCCAAGAUUCCGUCUGAGAACAGCCUGGUAUCAGAGCUUUUUCGACCAGAGGACCAGCACCAGCUUGGGCGGUUGUCAUUCCCGACCCUUGAGGUCCAUUUCAUAUCAGCAUUGGAUGAGAGAAUUAAGGAAGUGUUCAUAACGGCCAAGUGUCUGAGAAAACCGGAGGUGUGUGGUUUCAAAGUAAGGAACAGUCAAGGUGAUGUAAAUUUUGUCAGUGAAUAUAUAACCAGCUUUAGACUGAAAACUGUUUUUCUGAAUCUGGCUGAGCUGUUUGUGAGGUCCGACUUCUCCCUUGGCAAAAUGGUGCUGAUGAUGUAUGAACAGUUAGAGGUAUGUAUGAAGAGAGGAAAACUUCCUAUGUUUUUUGACAUGACCAUAAACGUACUGGCGGGGUCAAGAGUGAGUGUAGAGGAUAGCCUACAGGUCACCAGGCUGAUGCUUGGAUUCGUGCAAUCAUUGUACGAGAGAGAUUUCUCACAUGAGAAAGAAAUAGAUGGCAAUGAGAAAAGAAAGGCUCUGAAGAAGGAACGAGUCAUGUUCCAAGUAGAGAAACGCAAGCACAAAAAAGAGUUGGGAGAAUGGGAGAGACACGGACGAGGAACACGACCGGUGUUGUGUGGUCCCGCCAAAAUGGCCAACACAGAUCCAUUCGCCUUUACAGCUCAGCAACAACAUACCGACGAACCAAAACCGAAAACACCAGUUUUACCAUUAUACCUAGACCUGUAGCUGAACUGCCUGAAAAACCUCCAGGGGAUGCGCAUUAGUAUUGGCUAAAAACGAUUAUUUGUAUGUAUUUGUGUACAUUAGACGUAUUUGUAGUGCAUGGAAUUAAGACAUUUUCUGCUCUUUACG